AUGGUAACCGCCAUGCGAUUGAUGUGGGGAGAAGAAGAAACUCGACAGUGGCUGCUCGACAUGCUGAAGAACGAGCCGGGCGUGUUCCCGAAAAACACGCCGAUCGUUGCAGCCGCGGGCGCAGGUUCAUCAGGAACGGGCGACGACUUCGCCGCACGCAACCUGUUCCUGAAGAACGGUGGGCCGGACAGCCUGGUAAUGGUUGCCGGAGCCGGCAUCCUCGGCACCAGUGAGAACCGCGACAACGCUGAAACGUUCAUGCGAUUCAUGCUCUCGAAGGUAGCCCAGCAGUACUUCGCCGGGCAGCGUUUCGAGUAUCCCCUCGUGGAGGGAGUGAAGGCACCGGCUGCUGCCCCCAAUCGAUACCCUCAACGGCCCUGA